CAGUGGGGCCGCGGCGCCCGAGCGCUCCCCCCGCGCGAGCUGCCGGUGUCAGGGGUCGGCGCGGCCGGUCCCAUUCCCGGCCAGGAGGGAGGCUGGGAUGAGAAACCCCCGCGGGCGGUAAUGGAACGGGCCGCCCAUCCCGGAAGAGAGGAGCCGCCGCGGCUGCACCCGCCACUUCCGCUUCCUGGGAGCCGGACGGACCGAAGCUGCCGCUAUGACUGCCACUCUGCGCCCCUACCUGAACGCGGUGCGCGCCACGCUGCAAGCUGCCCUGUGCCUGGAGAACUUCUCCUCUCAGGUGGUGGAGCGACACAACAAGCCGGAGGUGGAAGUCAGGAGUAGCAAAGAGCUGCUGUUGCAGCCAGUGAUCAUCAGCAGGAAUGAGAAAGAGAAGGUUCUGAUCGAGGGGUCCAUCAACUCUGUGAGAGUCAGCAUUGCAGUGAAACAGGCGGACGAGAUCGAGAAGAUCCUGUGCCACAAAUUCAUGCGCUUCAUGAUGAUGAGGGCUGAGAACUUCUUCAUCCUGCGCAGGAAACCCGUGGAGGGUUAUGACAUCAGCUUCCUGAUCACAAACUUCCACACGGAGCAGAUGUACAAGCACAAGCUAGUGGACUUCGUGAUCCACUUCAUGGAAGAGAUUGACAAGGAGAUCAGUGAGAUGAAGCUGUCCGUCAACGCCAGGGCUCGCAUCGUGGCUGAGGAGUUCCUCAAGAACCUGCCCCCGAUGUGCUCUGUGGUAGUGCCGUGGCGAGGGGCUGUCAGGCUGCGGAGCCACCCUGGCUCCGCUCCCUUGGCCACAGGUGCUGACGUUGAGGGGGAUGCUGUCACCGAGAAGGCAGCUGUGCUCCCUGCCCGCCGCAAGGGCCCUGCUGCCUCUGGCCCCAGGAGGCAGCGGCAGGAAGGGCUCACAGCUCCUCCGAGCGAUGGGCGUAGCUGGCGCAGCAGCGGCUGCUACCCUCUCAACCCAGAGCGCCUCAAGCAGGGCAGGCUGCACGUGGAGAGAGCCGUCAAGCAAAGGAAGAUCUUCAUGCUGCAUGGCCCGUACCCCGUGAUCCGGAGACUGCUGCACAGCCGGGGCUGGGUGGAGAAGAAGGCCCCCAAGGCAGCACACAGAUGGGAACGAGCGCCCGACGGCGAGGAGGAUGGGGAGGGGGACGACAGCGACGGUGCCGAGGAGGGUGAGAGUUGGGCACACGGAGGGGUCCGACAAAGCGUGUCCCCCCCCUCCCCCCCCGCCCAGGGCAGAACUUUCCUCUCCCAGUGCCAGGGCUCUCCUGCUGCUCUGGCCAUGGGCUCUCCAAGGCAGGUCCCUGCUCAGGCCUGGGACUCGCUGGGGGCAGCAAGCUCAGGGGAGCAUAACCGAGAAGGAGGGACAGCCUGGGCCCUGGCCCCAGGAGACUGCUGGGGAACCACAAUGCCUUGCUGUGGGGUGGCUCCAGAUUCUGGGAUACGCCUGGCCCGGUCCCUGGAGCGCCCCAGGCCUGCCAGGUCCCCAGGGAGCGCCCCAGCUCUGCCAGGUCCCCAGGGAGCGCCCCAGCUCUGCCAGGUCCCCGGGGAGCGCCCCAGCCCUGCCAGGUCCCCCCAUCCUGGGAGCGCCCCAGCCCUGCCAGAUCCCCAAGGAGCACCCCAGCCCUGCCAGGUCCCCGGGGAGCGCCCCAGGCCUGCCAGGUCCCCAGGGAGCACCUCAGCCCUGCCAGGUCCCCCCAUCCGAGUCCUUGAGAAGCGCCCGAGCCCUGCCAGGUCCCCCCAUCUUGGUCCCCGGGAAGCGCCCCAGCCCUGCCAGGUCCCCCCAUCCUGGGAGCGCCCCAGCCCUGCCAGGUCCCCGGGAGUGUGUGUGUCCCAAGAUCAGAAUGCUCAGCACCUUGGGCCAUCAGGCGCUGUGCCCGGGGCAGUGGUGCUCUGGCCUCCCUCUGGCUCUUGCUCUUCUUCCCCAGACGAGGAGGGCGAGGAAGAGGAGGAGCAGGAUGAUGACCCUGAUGGCACCUAUGACCUCAUGUCGCGGCUGGUUCGCAACCAGAUGCCCUAUUUCAUCUGGACUAAUCGGCGAGAUGCCAUCGACUGCCGCUUCCUGCGCAAGGAGCAAGUGAUGAACCACUACGCCAAGGCGGGCUCCUUCACCACCAAGGUGGGGCUGUGUCUGAACCUGCGGAACCUGCCUUGGUUCGACCAGGCUGAUGCCGACACCUUCUUCCCCCGCUGCUACCGGCUGGGUGCCGAGGAUGAGAAGCACGCCUUCAUCGAGGAUUUCUGGCUCACUGCUGCCCGGAACAUCCUCAAAGUAGUGGUGAAAAGAUACUGGAGCGCAGCUGCCCGGGGGGCUGGGGCAGCGGCGGCUUCCAGCGCACAGGGGCCCAGGAAGGCCGGCGAGUCCGCAGAGUCCCCAAGAGAGACUGGUGGGAAGAAGGGCAGCCCCCUGCCACCGCAGCUCAUCGAGACGGCCCUGCAGGCCUGCGAGGAGCACCUGAGCAGCCUGACACACCAGGAUAUAGACAGGGAGCCCGAGUCCCCUCUCUGCAUGACGGGGGCACGGUGGGGGGACUUCCUGCGUGCCUACUACCAGGUGAUUCACGAAGGGGCGCUCCUGGACCAGCUGGGCUCCCAUGUCGAACAGUGCGAGCACGUCCUGCAGCGCCUGGCCGAGGUGCUCCCACAGCUGGAGAUGGAGGGGGACCGCAAUAUCUGGAUUGUGAAGCCAGGCGCCAAGUCACGGGGCAGAGGAAUCAUCUGCAUGGACCGCCUGGAGGAGAUGCUGAAGCUGGUGGAUUGCGACCCCAUGAUCGUGAAGGACGGCAAGUGGGUGGUGCAGAAAUACAUCGAGAGACCCCUGCUCAUCCACGACACCAAGUUCGACCUGCGGCAGUGGUUCCUGGUGACAGACUGGAACCCGCUCACCAUCUGGUUCUACCGAGACAGCUACCUCCGUUUCUGCACGCAGCCCUUCUCCCUGCACAACCUGGACACCUCCAUCCACCUGUGCAAUAACUCCAUCCAGAGGCACUACGAGAACUCGCUGAGCCGCCACCCCCAGCUGCCCCCCGACAACAUGUGGUCAUCGCAGCAGUUCCAGGCCCACCUGCAGCAGGCGGGGGCGGCAGGCGCCUGGCAGGAGGUGAUCGUCCCGGGCAUGAAGGCGGCCAUUAUCCACACCAUGCAGACCUCCCAGGACGUGGUGGAGUUCCGCAAGAGCAGCUUUGAGCUAUACGGGGCAGACUUCAUGUUCGGGGAGAAUUGCCAGCCCUGGCUGAUCGAGAUCAACGCCAGCCCCACCAUGGCGGCCUCCACGGCCGUGACCAGCCGGCUGUGCGCCAGCGUUCAGGAGGACACGCUCCGUGUGGUCAUUGACCGCAAGCAUGACCGCAGCUGCCACACGGGGGCCUUUGAGCUCAUCUACAAGCAGGCGGCUGUCGACGUGCCUCAAUACGUAGGAAUAAGCCUUUUGGUGGAAGGAUCCACUGUCAAAAAGCCACGGCCUCCAAACCACAGACUGUCCCCCAGUGCCAACCCCAGGCCGGGCCCCAGUGUGCCCAGCUGCCCGCAGCACUUCCAAGCACUCCCACAGAGCUCCCCUCGUGGGCCCAGGGCUCCACAGCUCGCCAGGCCUCCGGCGCCAGUCAGCGGCAAGGAGAACAGAGCCAGGGAGCUGGGGGCCGCCAACAGGGCCUCUGCUGCAGCUGGCACCCGGCCGAAGCUGCCCAGCAAGGUGCGAGCAGAGCCAGGCAGGAGGCUGCUAGAGCUGCACAGCGCGGCCACCUCCCCGCUGGGGGACAAGCUGGUGCCGCUGGGCCAGCCCAGGCUCUGUCAGAAGUGCAGCUCCCAGGGGCCAGUCCCCAGCCCCAGGGCACCCCCACGCCUCCAGCUCAGCAAGGCCAACGGCCCCAAGGGGCAGCUGCAGAGGCCAGCCCGGCAGCCAGGUAGGGAGCUGCAGCUGCACGUGCGGGACUUAUGCACCUUCCAGCUGGGCUGUGGGCACGCUGCCACCCCCACUCACCCCCUUGCUUGUUCUCCAGGGAAGCCCAGUGUGCCAGAGCGCCAGUGGGGGCAUGCCCAGGCUGCGCUGCGGGAGAGGCCCCCAGCCCCUCCUGCCAGGCCUGGCCAGCAGUGUGCCAGGGGCUGGCCACGCAGGGCCCCCCACCCAGCCUCCGCCCCUGAGCUCGGGGCCUUGCACAUGGCCGUGGGCAGAAGGAAGCAGAAGAGAGACAGGCUGUGCAGGUGAUGGAGGGAGCUGCCCCUGGGGCUGCUGGCAGCAGCGAGGGAGUCAUGCCAGGGGCUGGUGCCCUCCAAUAAAGGGAUCAAGAGAAGGAGCUGGAGUUUGUAAUGUGGGCAGGAAAUGCAGCCUGGUGCUGCCUUCACUUGGGGGGUGGCUGGCAGGGCCAGGGCCUGGGGCCAGCUGCAGCCUCCACCUCCCAGGAGGCAGCCCCCUUUCCCCUUGCCUUUGGCACACAGGGUUGCUGCUUGGCUUCUCUGGCCUGUCUCCUUUCCACAGCUGAAAUGGGAAGUGGUGUGUGCAGUGCUCUCCCCUGCGCUGCGGGGUGGGUGCGCAGGUUGGGUGCUGUACUGGGCAGGGGGUAGGGGGCAGAGCUGGGCACUACCCUGGCCCGGGUUAUGGCAUGGAGCUGGGCACUGCUCUGGGGGAGGGAGGUGGAUACUGCACUGGGCAGGGGAAGGAGAGCAUGGAGCCAGGCACCCCCGCCCCGGCAGAGGCGGUGAACAAGCUUCAGGCUGUAGGGUAGGGAGUAAGGCCUGUGGUCCAGCUGAAUGGGGCUAGGCCCUGGGGAGGGACUGGCCAGACCCCAGUUCAGGCCUUGCCCGUGCCUAUUUCUCCUUCCUUCCCAGGCCCCCCAGAGACGUGCAGGCUCCAAGGCCUCUGCUGCCCUGCUGGAAACCCCUGGGCUGGUUUGCACCCUGGCAGCAAGGCAGUCACCUCCAGCAGUGAACCCGAGUGCUCGGGGCAUGGCCCUCUGCCCUGCUCACCUGCUCUAAGGCCAGGAGCCCACCUGGCUGUGCCGGAGUCACCCUCCCGCAGGACUGGCCUCAGCUGAGGGCCCACAGCAGCAAGGGGCAGCGGGUUGCCCCAUUCUGUUGGACUCUGCCUGUGAAACCGUCCUGUGGGGGGCUGGCGCAUGUCUGAGGGCACCUGGCACUGCAGAAGGCAGGGGAGCCCCCCCCCAAGGUGGAGAGGGGGCAGGGCAGAGAACGGUCACAGCAGCUCAGCUAGUGCUUUGGCUGUAGCCCCCGGGACUGAGGCAGAGAAGGAGCAAGGUGGGGGGAGGAUGCCCUGAGACCAUGGCGCAAGCGGUCGGGGGGCUGGAACUAGGAGUGCAGGGGUUUGCCGUGGUUUCCAUCAUAUCCAGGGUUUGCAGUUUGGCUCAGCGCCCCUGCAAGCGGCCAGCCUGGCACUGGUGGGAGGGGAACAUGAUACAGCACGGUGUGGGGCGCAGUGGAGACAGGCCAGGACCUGCACCCUGAUCCCUUCACUGCAAGCUUCCCCCAAAGGCAGCCCCCCCCCACCAUGAGCAACCCCUUGGUUUCACUGCAUCGGGACCAGCUGUAGGCUGGGCUCUCCACCCCCAUGCUGGACUGGACCACUUCACAACACCGCAGUGGGGCUGGGGGGGACGCAGAGCACAGGACUGUCACACAACCUGAGCACACCCUACCAGACCAUGUGUUCAGCUUCCGUGUCUCAGUGGGCUGCAGCACCCUGACCAUGGUGGCACAGACUCUGCCAGUUACCCUAGGCCCCCAGACCAGGGCUGAGCCCCCAAACUGCCCACUAGGCAUUCUGGGAUGCAGCUCGCCUCUUCGGAGCACUCCAGUGAAAGCAGCCAGACAGAGAUUCCAAACCCAGUCACUCUUCGCUACCACCAGCUAGUCAGACAAAAUAAAACCCUGCCAGAGCCCCUGCCUGUUCCUCACCCCUCUGGAGUGGCCAAGAUCUCCUUCUGCAGCGACUCAUGGGAGUCCCACUCUGCU